AUGGUACACCCGACGGCGUCGAAGACGAGGAAGAAGCCGGAGGAGGAGUACGCCGUCGACGAAGAAGACGAGGAGGAUAACUACGAGGACGACGGCGGGAAGACGAAGCGCAGGAGGGGUGGAUCGCAGUACAUAGAUUCGUACGCCGAGGAAGACGAGUACGAUGAUGAGGACGAGGAAUACGGCGGGGGCCGCCGUGGCCGUGGAGUGAAGCGCAGGAAGGGUCCGAUGGACUUCUUUGACGACGAAGCAGUUGUGGAUAGCGAUGAGGAAGAGGAUGAAGAUGAUGAAACGGAAGACGAUUUCAUUGAUACUGUGCUUGAUUUACCUGAUGUGGGUGAUAGAAGAAUUCAUCACCGUCCCCUGCUUCCACAUGAGGAUGAGCAAGAAGAUGUUGAGGAAAUUGAGAGACAAAUUCAUGAGAGAUAUGGUGCUAGGAGCCUUAAUGUUGAACACGAUGAGGAGGCUACAGAUGUAGAACAGCAAGCUCUACUGCCAUCCGUGAGGGACCCAAAACUAUGGAUGGUGAAAUGUGCGAUUGGACGUGAAAGGGAGGUAGCAGUCUGCCUCAUGCAAAAGUGCAUUGAUAAAGGACCCGAAAUGCAAAUUAGAUCUGCCAUAGUACUCGAUCAUCUCAAAAACUACAUAUACAUAAAAGCAGACAAAGAGGCUCAUGUGAGGGAGGCUGUUAAGGGUAUGCGAAAUAUUUAUCCAAGUAAGAUAACGCUUGUCCCGAUCAAGGAGAUGACAGGUGUUCUUUCGGUUGGAAGUAAAGCAAUUGAUAUUUCUAGGGACACCUGGGUUAGAAUGACGAUUGGUAUAUAUAAGGGGGAUCUUGCCAAUGUUGUAGAUGUUGACAAUGUGCGGCAGAGAGCUACCAUGAAAUUAAUCCCAAGGAUUGACUUGCAGGCCCUGGCUAACAAAUUGGAAGGGAGGGAAGUUCCAAAGAAAAAGGCAUUUACUCCUCCUGCACGGUUGAUGAAUAUUGAUGAAGCUAGAGACCUUCAUAUUCGUGUGGAGCGUAGAAGAGAUCCAUCUACUUGUGAUUAUUUUGAAAAAAUUGAGGGGAUGAUCAUGAUGUUCAAGGAUGGGUUUUUGUAUAAAAAUGUAUCACUUAAAUCUCUCAGAACUCAGAACGUGCAGCCAACUUUUGAUGAACUCGAGAAAUUUAGGCAUACUGGUGAGGGUGGAGAUGGUGACAUGUCAGGUUUGUCAACACUUUUUGCAUACAGAAAGAAAGGUCAUUUCAUGAAGGGUGACAGGGUUAUAGUUGUCAAAGGAGAUCUUAGAAACUUGAAAGGAUUGGUGGAAAAAGUUGAGGAAGAUACUGUUCAUAUUAAACCAAAUGAAAAGGGCCUUCCUAAAACUUUGGCUAUCAAUGAUAAAGAGCUCUGCAAGUACUUCGAACCUGGAAAUCAUGUGAAGGUGGUAUCUGGUGCUUCCAAAGGUGUAACUGGUAUGGUAGUCUCUGUUGAAGGCCAUGUGGUUAACAUAGUAUCAGACACGACUAAGGAGCUUCUUUUCAGCUCCUUAAGAGGUGUUCCAGAGAGACCUGAUGUUGCCCUGGUGAGGUUAAGGGAGACUAAAUACAAGAUUGACAUGAAGCUUUUUGCAAAAGAUCGUCAUAAUAAUAAAUUAUCUGUAAAAGAUGUUGUAAAAAUUCUUGAGGGUCCCUGUAAGGGGAAACAAGGACCUAUUGAACACAUAUACAAAGGAAUUCUGUUUAUAUACGAUAGGCAUCACCUGGAGCAUGCUGGUUUCAUUUGUGUAAAAUCUGAGUUUUGUAUGAUGGUGGGUGGAUCACGCGCAAACGGUGAUAAAAAUGGUAAUGCAAUGCCUUCAAGAUUUGUUGGAGGAAGGCGUGGAGGUGGGAGGGGUCAUGAUGAUUUAGUUGGAGCUGCUGUUAAAAUUCGUCUAGGACACUACAAGGGAUGCAAGGGACAUGUGGUGGAUGUCAAAGGCUCCACAGUCCGGGUUGAGUUGGAGUCACAGAUGAAUGUUGUUGCAGCAACUCCACAUCAUGAUGGUAUGAGGACGCCUAUGCGUAGUCGUGCAUGGAAUCCUUACACACCAAUGAGUCCACAAAGCGAUAAUGAAUUCGUCAGGGACAACUGGGAAGAUGGGAAUCCUGGUUCAUGGGAAACUAGUCCACAAUAUCAGCCAGGAAGUCCUUCACGAGCUUACGAAGCGCCUACUCCUGGUUCUGGUUGGACAAAUAAUAAUCCAAACAACAAUUACAGUGAUGCAGGCACGCCAAGGGAUAGUGGUUCAGCCUAUGCAAAUGUUCCAAGCCCGUACUUGCCCUCGACACCUGGCGGGCAGCCACCUAUGACACCUAGUUCAGCAUAUCUGCCCGGUACCCCCGGUGGGCAACCAAUGACACCUGGAAGUGGUGGUUUGGAUAUGAUGUCCCCGGUUUUAGGUUCUUGGUUCCUCCCAGAAAUUUUGGUCAAUGUUCGUAUGUUUGGUGAAGAUAGCUCACUUGGAGUUAUCAAAGAUGUGCUGCCGGAUGGGUCCUGCAAAAUAGGUCUUGGAUCGAGCGGUAAUGGCGAGAUUGUCACGGUUUUGCCUAGCGAAAUCGAGGUGGUGCCUCCAAGAAAAGCAGAGAAGAUCAAGAAAAUGGGUUGUGCACACCGUGGGUCGACCGGGAAGCUCAUUGGUAUAGACGGCACGGAUGGAAUCGUGAAAGUUGACGACACUCUUGAUGUUAAAAUCUUGGACAUGGUUGUUUUGGCUAAGCUUGUGCAGACAUGA